AUAGAGAUUACGGUAUAUUUCUUCGUUGUAUUGAUUGUAGUGGCCCUGUUAUUUCCUAAAUGUUACUGAAAUUAGCUGCUGUCGGGAAGUGAAAACAAUUAAUGGACAUUUAGGAAGGAAAGUGUGUGGCUUCUUUCGCGGGCUAGCUACAUCAAACAUUACGGUAAACUUCCACCAUACUUGGUGCUCGGUGCUCACUGCCACCCAGCGGCUAACGUCAGUAGCUACGUGACUGAAGUACGUUACUCUGUGAGCUGACUCCUGUGGUUGUGGACACCUGCGUCAGGUGUGUACACUCACACUCUCUACUUCUCAUGACUGCCAGACAAGUAAAGUGAAGCAUUUAAUACCAAAUGACAUACUGAGAGGUCAACAAGUAUAUAAGAUAUAAUGAAACACACAGCAACUCCCCACCCAUACUUGCUGGCCUCUCUGCAGUAAUGUCUAAGUGGCUGAAUGAUGGCGAAGUGCUGGUGGGUCAAGGCAGUGGUGAGGCAGUACCAGUGAGCCCCAGAUUGCGGGCCUACCAGCUGGGAGCCCAAGGCCAGGAUGGGGCACACGUAGUCCACUGGCUUCACCCAGAGCCAGAGAGGCAGUGCCAGGAAGCCCACUGGCAGAGACCAUGGGCAAGGCCAAGGAGCUGUUUGUGCUGUGUGACAAAGAGGGGAAAGGGUUCAUCACAAAGCGGGAUAUGCAGAGGCUAGAAGUGGAGUUGCCGCUGUCUCCUGAACAGCUGGAGACGGUGUUUGAGAGUCUGGACCGGGAGAGCAAUGGAUUCCUUACUCCUGCUGAGUUCAACACAGGACUUGGUGAGUUUGUGGGGCUGGAGGACACGAUUGAGAUGAGUCAAGACGAAGCAGAAGAGGAUCCGGACCAUGUGGACUGGUCCCAGGAACCACCCGUACUUAGAUUUGUAAACAUACUGAUGGAGCUGGGAGCUGACCAACUCUUCAAAGAUCAGCAGGAGCUCUCUUCCCUGUGGUGUGAACUCCAGAGAGACAGACCAGAGCUGCUGAGCAUCCUGGACGGCGUCCUGAUCCACGCAGUGUCCCGUUUACAGGACUCCAUCAGAGAGAGAGAUAGUCUGGAACAAGCUCUACGCAGACGGGAGAGUGAACAUGAUCAGGUUGUUCGGUCCAUAUAUGAAGAAAUGGAAAACCAAAUCAGAGAGGAGAGAGAGAAACACCUGUCUCAGGACAGUAUUGGACAGAAGCAGAGAGCGCAACAACUUGAGGAGGAGCUGAAGAUGCAGGAGCAAGAGUUGGAGAAUACACUGACCCAACAGAAAAAGCUGGAGAUCAGAAUCCGGCAGCUGAGCUGUGAACAGGCAAACAUUAAGGAGCAGAACCAGCAGCUGCGGAGCCUCAACACCCAGUUACAGGAGCAGGUGGAGAGCAGCAGAGAGCAGCUGCAGGCCGCUCUGGGUCAGCUCAGCCUGCUGCAGCUCAGCACUGCCCAAGAACAAGUGGCCAGACAGAGAAACGUGAUGAAGGUGUCAAGGAACAUGCAGAAAGAGAAGGAUAGUCUCUUGAAACAACUGGAGCUAUUGAGGGAUAUGAACAAAAGGCUGCGAGAUGAGAAAGAUGCCCAACAGUCUCAGAAGAGGAAUCCAAAUGUCACAAAGCCUUUGCAGAAGAAAGGGUCAAUCAUAGGUAACUACUUACUGCAGGACAAGCCAUUGAAAAGACAGCUGAGCUCAUCCAAUGAGUUGGAGCAGGACAAAGACACAGAGGUGACAAAUUCAUCCAAGAGACACCAACCGUCAUGUAGAGUCAGGUGUGAAAAUGUUGAACAAGUGCAAACCCAGAGCACAGUUGUCAGUCCUCAGCGAGUGUUCAAGGUGGUAUUCCUGGGUAACACAGGGGUGGGUAAGAGCUCCUUCAUCCAGCACUACUGCACAGGACAUUUCUACAGUAAAAUGAGCACUACAGUGGGUAUAGAUUUCCAGAUGAAGACUUUAACCCUGGGCUCCACCACCAUCACCCUGCAGCUUUGGGACACUGCAGGACAGGAGAGGUUUCGCAGCAUCACUGAGCAGUACUACCGGAAAGCUGACGGUAUCCUUGCCAUGUAUGACAUAACUCAAUCCUCCUCUUUCGCCGCUGUGAGAGGGUGGAUUGACUCUGUGAAGGAGAAGAUGUGUGAAGGUGCGGUACUGAUGCUGCUGGCGAACAAGCUGGACUUGGCAGACAGUCACAGCAGAGAAGUGACAACAGGCGAGGGGCAGAGACUAGCAGAGCAGCACCAAGCUUUGUUUUAUGAGUGCAGUGCCAAAACUGGAUGUAACAUGGAGGAGCUGAUGACUUGUCUGGCUGGGAUGUUACUCUCCAAGCAUGAUCAACAAUGUGAAGAAGAUGCACUUUUACUGACUGAGGUAAAAGCUAAAAGAGGUUGCUGUACGUAAACAGAGGAUGAAAGGCUUUUGAAAAACUUUUAACUAAAAACUCCCAGGCCCAAGUCCUGAGGUCACCUAAAUCAUUUCAAGACACAGAC